AUGUGUUACGAAGGACAGACGUGCGAUCUGUCCAAAAGGCUGCCUGUAGAUAUUUACCAGACCGCAAAGGUUUCAAAAAUACCAUUGAUGAUGGAAAAAGGAACCCUUCCUGUCGAAUAUAAAGGCAAAUCGAUAAACGAAAUGGACAUUGAUAUUGACUAUCCCGAAGAAAAUGAACCUAAAGAGUCCUCGUCACCAAAUGCGCCCACACAAGACAAUGAAAUAUUGUUUGUGUGGAAAAAAGAAAAUAUUGAAGCGAAUAAAGAUAAUAAUAUUUUUGACCAACCAAUUCCUGAAAACAUUAAGAAGAACGAAGAUCAAGAAACUGCUGAUAUAGGGGGCCCAAUUAUUCCAGUAGCUGACAUGGCACACCAAACUGUUACCUUCUUGGAAUGCAAUUGUUUUUCAUGCUUUUCUUUGGGUUGUCGGGGCUCCAAAAGCGACAGUUUUAUUUGUUAA